AUGUCCGUCGAGGUGAAGACCGCGGGCCCCGACGACGCCGCGUCCGCCGCCGACGCGAAGGCGACCGAGGCCGACGCGAAGCAGGCGUCCGUGGCGCUGAGCUCGCGCCAGGAGUCGGACCUCAUGAACAGCAGCGCGCGCCACGUCUGGCCCGAGGCGUCGGGCGUGUCCCUCAUGUGCGACGCGAAGAACCACCGCAUCCGCGCGGAGGCGGACAUGAAGUUAUUGGCAAACCGGCUCCAGCACCUCCAGGUCGCCGAGGACCGCGCGAAGAAGAAGAUCGCCGAGACCAAGGCGCGGACGUCGGAGAUCGUGCACCUGAAGCAGCGCAACCUCGAGUACCAGUCGUCGAAGCAGAAAUUGCACACGGAGCGCGAGCUCUCCAUCUCCGCGACGCGCAAGGCCGUGACGCUCACGCGCCAGACGACGCGACGACACGUGCGCGAGUCGCGCGCCGGCGUCGCCCAGCAGCGCCGGGACCACGCCAUGCGCAUGAAGUCGAAGAUGGCCGAGCUCAACAGCUUCCACGAGCGCGAGAUGGCCGGCCUCGUGCAGAAGAACAAGGGCCUCAACGCCCAGGCCCUCGCGCGGCGAGCCGACGCCAAGGCGAAGCGCGACGAGCUCCGGGCCGCCGAGGACCGCCGCCGCAAGGAGGAGUACGCCAAGCAGAUCCAGCUCGAGUCCACGCGCGCCGCUGCCCCCAGAACACGCCCGACCAUGUCCGUCAUCUUGACGCAGCCGGACGUCGUCUUCGGCGCCACGGAGCGCGUCGUGCCCGAGGACCGGGGCCCGGCGCUCCUGCGGUCGGAUCCGACGCAUGGCCAGGUGGCCUUCCCCGCGGCGGGGCGCAGCGGCUUCAAGGUCGCCCGCGUCGACGACUUCGGCCCCGAGGGCCGGCCGAGCGCGGGCAUGGUCGCCGUGGGCACGGAGGAGGCGCGGAGCUUCGGCGGCGAGGCCGCGGUCUUCGCGCUGCUCCGCGAGUCGCGGCGCGAGGCCGCGACGGCCAUGGCCGAGGAGGCCUUCCGGAACCACGUGCCGUCGCCCUACGACGGGACGAUGCGCUUCGGCCUCGCGCCGAAGAUCGGCGCCGCGCUCAACGACGUCGAGACGCGCGACGAGCUCUUCGAGGCCUGCGGGCGGAACUGGCGGGAAUUCACCCAGCGGCCGCCGCACCGCGUCGCGGAGGUCCGCGCGCUCUGGCUCCAGGCGACGCACGGCGACUGCGACGAGCCCCAGCCCCACGACCCGCGGAGCCGGAGCCUCUGGUUCCCCUGGCACAAGCUCCUGGGCCUCGGCCACGGCGAGGCCAAGGUGCGGUUCAUCCGCAAGCUCUACUCCAUCCGCCCCGCGCUCGUGAUCCCGCGGCUCCCCGGGCGGCCGCCGCCGGGCUUCCCGCGCACGGCCAUCGGCGGCAAGCCCAUCUGCGCGCUCUGCAACUCGCGGCGGGGCUGCCAGGAGCCCCUCGUCGUCGUCCCGCCGGGCGCGCCGCCGAACGCGAGGCCCGUGACGCUCAAGGCGGCGCUCGACGACAUGGAGCUCCUGCGCAGCGCGGAGAAGACCCACGCGCUCCUCGACGCGGCGUUAGCGGAGCCGCGCUGCGAGCACGGGUCCCACGAGCGCGUCGGCCCGGGCAUCUACAAGGCGUUCGCGUCGUACUACGCCUUGCCGGGCCUCGGGGGCUUCGCCUUAUACAAGGACAUCGACGACAAGACGGGCAAGACGACGGCCUGGGAGGGCGUCGCGAAGUGCUACGAGCAGGCCGUGGAGCGCGAGCACGUCGCGCACGACUGGCUCCACGAAAGGGUGGAGCACCGCAAGCGGUCCGCGCCGUCCGCGGAGAAGGAGGCCUGGCGCGCGGCGCGCGACGAGCAGGCGGCGGUCUGCGUCGUGCUCCGGGAGGCCUACGCGGCCUGGACGGGCCGCGCGUUCAAGAUGCGGUCCGAGUGCGACAAGUGGGAGAGCGACCAGUGCAACCGGCGGCGCCAGAUCCUCGACGGCGGGCGGAACCACAGCCACUGGCUCUCGGACGCGUCCCUGCCGAGCCGCCACGUCGUCCAGCUCGAGACGACGUACCGCGGGCUCGUCGAGGCGCGCCGCGGCGCCGCGCGCGUCGGCGCGCCGACGGUGACGGGCACCUUCGGCGCGCCCGAGUGGGUCCGGGAGUCGCCGUUCCUGAGCGAGCCCCUGCGGGGGCCGAAUUUGGCCGUCGUGGACCGCGCGUCCGUGCUCGGCGAGCAGAUCGCCGUCGAGCACCGCAAGUACGCGGUCGCGGCGGAGGCGCGCGCGUCCAUCGCGUUCCGCGACGGCCGGAAGGCGUCGAAGCAGGUGCUCAUCAAGACCGCGGCGACGAAGGAGUCCAAGGGCGGCUUGUUGCGCGCCAUCGCGAACCGCGAAUUGAAGGCCGCCGUGAGCCUCGCGCGCCACGGCGCGUGCGACGUCAACAUGGAGACGAAGGCGGGCGUCACGGCGCUGAUGGCGGCGAUCCUGAGCCAGGACCGCCACGCGACGUCGGCGUUGGUCGAGGCCGGCGCGUCCGUGGACUACCCGUCGCGCGUCACGGGCCUGUCCGCGAUGGCGCUCGCGGCGAAGCGCGGCGACGCGGUCAUGGUCCACCACCUGCUGGACCUCGGCGCGUCGUCGGCGAUGCCGUUCAAGUACAAGAAGGUGGGCUCCGCGGGCAUGUCGAACACGGGCGACACGGACCUCUUCCCCGGCGAGGACCCGGCGCUGACGAAGGGCCGCCACUACGUCGUGCCGCCCAUCGUCGCCGCGGCGUCCGCGGGCCAGCUCAUGACCAUCGACGUGCUCGUCGAGGAGACGGAGCGUUUAGGCGGGCCGGAGACCGUGACGCGGCUCGUGGACCAGAACUUCGGGCCCGACAAUCUGACGGCGCUCCACGUCGCCGUGCGGCGCCGGGACCUGCGGACGUGCAUCCACUUGGUAAAAAAGGGCGCGCGCACGGACCUCGGCGACGCGCGCGGCACGAGCCCCGGCGAGCUCGCGCUCCAGCUCCAGCAGCAGAAGCUCGGCGACUACCUGCGGCGCGUGCGCCGCGUCGGCCGCGAGCUCGUGUCGAGCCGCAAGGACCAGGAGCUCGACCGCUGCGCGCUGCUCCAGUUCGCGCGCCUCGAGCGGGCCAUCGAGUCCGGCGGCGAGCUCGACGCCAAGGCCGAGGUCGACGUGACGAAGACGGCGCUCCACGUCAUCCGCAACGGCGACGUCGCGCCGGACCAGGAGACGCGCACGGGCACGACGGCGCUCUUCGUCGCCGCGCACAAGGGCGACCACAAGCUCCUGGAGAAUCUCGUCACCGCGGGCUGCGACGUCAACUACGCGAACCGCAACCUGCGCACGGCGCUCAUGGCCGCGGCGGACGCGAACCAGCUCGAGUGCGUGCUCGCGUUGUUGAGGGGCGGCGCGGACGCGGCCGCGCGCGACGUCAACUCGCACCAGGCCGCGGUCUUCGGCGUCAAGCGCGACGCGGGCCCGGGCACGGAGCUCGCGCAGAUUUUGCUCGCGGCGCGGGAGCAGGGGGGCCUACCGGGCCGCGCGCGACUUACGAAGGAGCUGCAGCGCGAGCGCGACGAGAGGAAGAACAAGCUCAAGGCCGCGCGGGAGAAGCACGCGCCGGCGCCCCUGGCCCUCGACGAGGACGAGGCGCGCAACGACCCCGUGAAGGCGGACCGCGACACGUCGUGGCAGUGGCGGCUCCCGCCGCGCGAGGUCGCGGUGUCCUACACGGCCGGCGGGCCCUCGACGCCGAGCCGCGGCCUCUACAGCCGCGAGCGCGACGACGACGACGACGACGACGACUCCGCGGCGCUCGUCGCGCGGCCGUCGUCGCGCGGGUCGUCGCGCGGGUCGCGGGGGUCGUCGCCGAAGAGGUCGCCCGCGUCGCCGAAGAAGAAGAAGAAGAAGCGCCACGAGGGCACGCUGCUCGAGCAGGAGGAGCGCCUCGCGGCGGCGCGGAAGAAGGACCGCGAGGACGCGCGCGACGCGGCCGCGGCCGCGUCCGUGUACCUGCAGACGUUAAGGGACCCCGUGAUCACGCUCAAGGACCUCUACCGGAGCCGCUACGGCGUCGCGUCCUACGGCCACAUGGUCAAGGGCGAGUACAGGGAGGCGGGCCUCGCGUCCCACGAGGCCUACGCGGGCGCUGGCAUCGAGUCGCCGGACUCGUCGAGCCGCGGCGGCGACGACGACGACGAGGCCGAGGCGCCGCCCGUCGUCGACGACGAGGACUUCGACUUCCCCGAGCCGGAGAGCUCCGGGCCGGCGCCGGCGCCGCCGGUCGUCGAGGACGAGGACAUCGACGAGACGCUCCUCGACGACGACGACGCUUCGACGGGGUCGUCGUACGCGUACCUCGUCGACGACGUGCUGCAGCGGUUCCUCGACGGCGACGACGGCGCCGUGCCGUUGAACCACAAGGACCACGACCUCGACGAGGCGUCGAGCCUCGGGGGCACGGCGCAGGACGACGACUCGGACUCGGACGACGGCAACGAGGACGCCGAGGAGCUCGGGAAGGUGGAACGGCGCCACGCGGCGCUCUUCCAGCGGGCGUUGCAGCGGCGCCGCGCGAACAAGUUCGCGUCGGCCUACGCGGAGGCGGCGCCCUUCGCCGCGCCGGCGACCCAGAAGGCGCCGGGCAUCGACAUCGACGCGUGGCGCGCGAAGCUCGAGCACCUCCGCGACGCCGUCGACGCGACCAACUCCGACAACUACCUGCCCCAGGCGCCGGAGCUCGAGUACGCGCACUACAUGGUGAAGCGCGGGCGCUUCACGGAGGCGAGCGGCACGCUGCGGCGGCUCCUGUCGAAGCAGAAGGCCGACUUCAAGCGGUUGAGCCGCGUCGCGCGCGCCGCCUCCGCGGAGGACGACGCGGCCGCGCGGAAGCCCAAGAAGCGCGAGAAGGACGCGCUGGCGAUCCUGAGCAGCCGCACGGAGCGCGUGCUCGCGGACCUCGAGGAGGCGCGGGACCGGCCCCACGUCGCGCUCUUCCUGCGGAAGCGGUCGCUCGCGACGCACCUGCGCGUCAUCGGGCCGGGCGACGGCACCGUGACCAUGGAGAACCGGGAUUUGGAGCGCGCCCUCGCGAACACGGCGCGCCUCCUCUGCGACCUCGACGCGCGCGACGCCGCCGUCGCGCUCUACGCGGACCUGCACCGCCGCUACAUCCGGAGCACGCUCGAGAGCCGGCGGCUCUUCGCGGCGCGGAUGACGGCCAAGGCCCACGAGCUCCAGCCCAACGCGCUCUUCAACGUGGGCAACAGCCGCCGGGGCGUGACGUCGGGCCAGCGCGUCGACGACGCGGCGCUCCGCGCGGCCGCGGGCGGCGUCGAGGAGGGCCGCUGGCUCUACCGCGACCUCGAGACGAAGGUCUUCGACGACUAA